AUGAUCAGAAAAUCACACAUGUACCCUGCCAGUGGCAACCGAAACGUAAUCUUCAAAUUGGUGCGGUGUUUUGGACAAGGAAGCAAUGGAUUGUGUUUGCAAACAUGGGAGCCCAAGUAUGUAGAGUUGGGCCAUAGCCCAAUAGAGCUUCCAAAGGGACAUUUGGCGGUGUAUGUGGGGGAAUCGGAGGAUGAGAAGCAGCGUGUGUUGGUACCCAUUACACACCUCAAUCAUCCACUCAUUGGAAAGCUAUUAGAGGAGGCAGAGAAAAUUUACGGGUUCGACCAUCCUGGUGUAAUAACCAUACCAUGCGGAAUCUCCGAGUUCCAGAGAAUUCAGAAGAUUAUCACCACCACCACCCAUGGCUUCCACAAGCGCCUUUGCAUUUGUUGUUUCAUCCACUGA